AUGAUCCGUGAGCACACCGACUGGAAGUCUCCCUACACAGGGCACGCGAACCCGACUGGGGACAGCCUGGAUGCUUUGGCCUCCACCAGCUUCCAGAGGUCUAGACCCAGCGACAACAACGGGUUUCUCCUGGACGCGAAGGGGAAAUUUUUGGGUGGUUGA